AUGUCCUCCUCCGAGUCGGGCACACCUCCGAGCACGCCUGCCACGAAUGCGCCAACGACUUCUAUGGAGAGCUCCAAGUCUCAACUGGCUUCCGCAGUGCGCCCGUACUCCCAAUCGCCACUCCCAGCCUGCGGUCUCAGCGCCCUAUUCCUCGGCUCCGCCCUGAUCCCCGCGACGCUGCACCCGCCCAGAGCGCACAUCCCGCCCUUCCUCCACCGCUUCGGGUUCGGCAUCGUCUUCUCCGUCGCGGGGUACGUCCUCGCGCAGGGCGACGCGCGCAACGGGAGCGGGAUCGCCACAGCGUGGUCCCUGACGUACCUGUUCCUCCACCUACGACGGAGCGUGAAAGCGCCCAGGCACCCAAUGACCGUCGUCCUCACCGGCGGGGCGCUCGCCACCACGGCGCUCUACGGGACGGAGUACUUUGUCCUGCAGGAGUGA